CGCUGGAUCUCUGAUUUAUCAGCUUUGCUUUUUAAGUGAAAUUGCUGCUUUUCCUCAUUAUGAGAUUUUAAUGUGUUCUAUGAGUUGUUUGAGACUUUGAGACUAUUAUUAUUGAGCUAAUAAUACUGUUUUCACUGCAGUUCAGCAAGUUAAAACCGUUUCUCCGGUCUGUUCACCGUAAACCACACAGAUUCUGUUUUAUGUUAUCACACAGACUGCUAAUAUUUGGUUUGCAAAAAAAUCUGACAUCAGCGUGAAAGAAACAGGCAUGUACCUGCAUUAAAUAUUGCGUAAUAGUGAACUGCACUUUUUAAAGUUUUCUGUCUGGAGGAGCGACACGCUGAAGUCCAUUAAUAAAAGCUGGAGGAGCAACAAACAAGGAAAACAAGUUGAGAACGGUUCAGUUAAGGUGUCUGAAGAGUAAAAGCCAGCGUGUGUGUUGUGUUUUUGGCAGACAUGGACCCUCAGGUGCCCAAAGACAAGUAUAAUGGCGUCUGGCUGAUUUUCUUCAUGCUGGGAUUGGGAACGCUGCUUCCCUGGAAUUUCUUCAUGACCGCCACCAUGUACUUCACCAGUCGUCUUGCAGACCCUUUAACCGCAAUGAACAAUGCAUCAAUGAACAGCACAGAAGAAGACUCUCGCAGCGUCCUACAGGCCAAGUUUAAUAAUGUGAUGACUCUGUGUGCGAUGGUUCCUCUGCUGGUCUUUACCUGCCUCAACUCUAUCCUUCACCAGAGGAUUCCUCAGAAGAUCCGCAUCGCAGGCAGCCUGACGCUGAUCCUGCUGGUGUUUUUACUGACGGCCAUCUUGGUGAAAAUACAUUUAGAGCCGCUGCCGUUCUUCAUUGUCACCAUGGUUAAAAUCAUCUUCAUUAACUCAUUCGGAGCGGUUCUUCAGGGGAGUCUGUUUGGUAUGGCUGGUCUUUUACCGGCUUCAUACACGACACCCAUCAUGAGCGGACAGGGACUUGCUGGAACAUUCGCUGCUUUCUCCAUGAUCUGCGCCAUCGCCAGUGGUUCUGAGUUACAUGACAGUGCGUUUGGAUAUUUCAUCACAGCGUGUGCUGUUAUUUCCCUCGCCAUCGCUUCAUAUGUUGUCCUUCCCAAACUGGAGUUUUAUCAGCACUACCAGGAGAGUCGGCAGAAUAAACCAGCCGAGGAUGAAGAGAAUAAGAUGGAUCUGUUAAAGAAAGAUCAGAGACUGCAGAGCGCUGGAGACGAUGACAAAAAGUCACCAUCCAUACUGGCCAUCUUUAAGAAGAUCUGGGUUAUGGCUCUGUCUGUGUGUUUUGCCUUCACCAUCACUAUUGGUACGUUUCCUGCGGUCACUGUGGACGUCAAAUCUACCAUUGCUGAUGGUGGAGCGUGGGAGAAGUAUUUCAUCCCAGUGUCUUGUUUCCUGUUCUUCAAUGUGUUUGACUGGGCUGGACGCAGUCUGACCGCAGUGUGUAUGUGGCCUGGUAAAGACAGUAAGCUGCUGCCGGCUCUGUUGUUGGCGCGUGUGGUUUUCGUGCCGCUCUUCAUGCUGUGUAACGUUCAGCCUCGCUAUAACCUGCCCGUCUUCUUCACACACGACGGCUGGUUCAUCGCCUUCAUGAUCCUCUUCGCUUUCUCCAAUGGAUAUCUGGCCAGUCUGUGCAUGUGCUUCGGCCCAAAGAAAGUGGACCCGAGUGAAGCAGAAACAGCAGGAGCCAUCAUGGCCUUCUUCCUGUCUCUCGGUCUGGCCCUCGGAGCGUCUCUAUCCUUUCUGUUCAGAGGACUCGUCUGAAUCAAACACAGCACAGUGUUGAAGACAAGAAACCAGAUCUAGAGCAGAAAACCCAGAUCCAGAGCAAAAACCAGAUCAAGACUACAAAUUAUAUCCAAAGCAGAAAACCAGAUCCAGAGAAAGAACCAAGACUCAGAGCAAAAACUAGAUCCAGAACAGAAAGCAGAUCCAGAGCAGGAACCAGAUCCAGAGCAGACACCAGAUCCAGAGCAAAAACCAGAUCCAGAGGAGAAACCUAGAUCUAGAUCAUAAACCCAGAUCCAAAACAGAAACCCAGAUCUAGAUCAUAAACCAGAUCCAAAACAGAAACCCAGAUCUAGAUAAUAAACCCAGAUCCAAAACAGAAACCCAGAUCUAGAUAAUAAACCCAGAU